UAGUCUUCCCUUCACUUCCCUUCCUUCCGCAGGGCCGCACUGACUUCGCCUCUCUAAAUUCCGGCUCGACACUCGCUCACUCACACAAGCGCUCUCUCUCUCUCUCUCUCUCUCGAUGUGCGGGUGCGUGUGCGUCUGAUUGUUUCCUUUCAACGACGGCAAAGGAUCAAGCAGACACAAUGUCCGAUCACAGAGCGACGGCCAUGAACGACCAGCUCUCGAAGCCAACCUCCAUCUUUGGUCUCCGGAUGUGGGUGGUUCUGGGAGUUUGCCUCGGAGCCGCCUUCGUUCUCCUCCUCUUUCUCCUCUCCCUCUGGCUCGCCUCCAAGCGCAACACCUCCAAAAACAAGGCCUCUCGCAAUCCCGCGAUCCCAAUUGUCUCUAAAGAAAUUCGGGAAAUUCGAAUCGACCAUGCUCGGAGCAACCCCCACCAGCAGCCGGAGGCCAAAGCGAGCCGGACCCAAAUCCAAGCCGACCCGUUUCCGGAAUCGGAUCCAAGCCCCCCGGGCAUCGAACGCCAGGCGCUGCUUCUCCCGCCGGAGGAAGAGAGCCAUCAGAGAAUCAACAUUCAGAUUGGGAAGGGUCACCGGAUAACGUAUCCCGAACGCAGUGGAGGGAGCGGAGAGGGUCGUAUGGUUGAUCAGGUGGCCAUGGCGGGUCCUGAAGUUUCGCACUUGGGUUGGGGACAUUGGUACACUCUCAGGGAGCUUGAGGCCGCAACUAAUGCGUUUGCCUCCGAAAGAGUUAUUGGCGAAGGUGGGUACGGUAUUGUUUACCAUGGCAUUUUGUGGGACAACUCUCAGGUUGCUGUCAAGAACUUGCUCAAUAAUAGGGGGCAAGCUGAGAAGGAGUUCAAAGUUGAAGUGGAAGCAAUUGGGAGAGUUCGGCAUAAAAAUUUAGUAAGAUUGUUAGGCUACUGUGCUGAAGGAGCUCAUAGGAUGCUUGUUUAUGAAUAUGUGGAUAAUGGAAACUUAGAACAGUGGCUUCAUGGGGAUGUAGGGCCUUGCAGUCCUCUUACUUGGGAGAUUCGAAUGAGUAUUAUAUUGGGAACAGCAAAAGGUUUAGCAUACCUUCAUGAGGGAUUGGAACCCAAAGUCGUUCACCGUGACAUAAAAUCAAGCAACAUUCUUAUUGAUAGACAAUGGAAUCCCAAGGUCUCAGACUUUGGCCUUGCCAAGCUCUUGGGCUCAGAGCGGAGCUAUGUCACAACCCGCGUGAUGGGAACAUUUGGCUAUGUAGCUCCAGAGUAUGCAAGUACGGGCAUGUUGAAUGAUAGAAGUGAUGUGUAUAGUUUUGGGAUUCUUAUAAUGGAAAUUAUCUCUGGACGGAACCCAGUUGAUUAUAGCCGGCCUCCAGAUGAGGUGAAUUUAGUUGAUUGGCUUAAGAGAAUGGUUGCUAACAGGAAUGCGGAGGGAGUCUUGGAUCCUAAAAUACAUGAGAAGCCCACUUCAAGGGCUUUGAAACGUGCUCUUCUUGUUGCAUUGCGAUGUGUCGACCCAAAUGCACAGAAGCGGCCAAAAAUGGGGCAUGUUAUACAUAUGCUUGAAGCUGAAGAAUCUUCCUUCAGAGAUGUAUGUAUUGCCAUUCUGCAUGACAUUUGAUUCUAGUUCAAUGUAGCAGUGAAUGCACAUAAGAAUUGUUUCAAAUUGUACUAAUUCUAUCAUCUUCAAUAUAAAGCAAAGAAUCAAAUGGAAAGUGAUGCUCCAAAUACACUAGAAUGGAAUGCAUACAAAUAGAACAAUCCUUAGUAGUUAGAAGGAACUUUCAACUUUUAGGACGUGUUGAUUAUGGCAACAAUUUUCAUUUUUGAUCUCUAGUUUUUUCCCCUGCUUGGAGAAGCAUGUAAAUCAGCAAUGUAGACUCUAUAUAAAUAACAUUACCCACAUGAUCAUAGUUUGUAUCCCGGAUUCCAGCUUCACUUUGUACUUUGUAGCUCUAUAUGAUUAUUUCACUUGUUGGAGCCAUCUCUUUGUUCAUGGCUACUUUUUCAGUUUGUUUACUCAUCAUCUGAUCAACUUGCCUUUAGGAACGAAGAGCUGGAAGGGACCCAGCUCGUGCACUUCAUAACUCAAAUGAUGGGUUGAUAGAGAAGCAGGUGACAGAAUCAGGUGAUAGUAGCAGUGGGUGCUAAAGUGGGGUGCUGGAUAAUCAGGCAAGAUGUCAACGGCAAGAAUGCGAAGAAAAAAAGUUUUGAACAUUUGCAAUAUCAUUCGCACAAGUAGGCGUGUUCCUAUGGCUGGCCUGCAUAAAUAGCAUUCAGUUAUCUGUACAUUUUCACAUUAUUUGUGUGUUUUAUUAUCUUGUAUAUUGUUGCUAUUCUCUGCUCAUGUUUUACCUUCAACAUUUGAUUCAAUUUAAAUCCUCCAUUAAUAAGAUCUUUUCCAGGGAGAUGUUUUUGAGUA